AGUUCCUUCUUCCACUUCCUCCCUCCCUGCAACCUGCCGCUCACUUCAGCUCGAGAUUUGAUACUCAAAUUUGCCCGUGUGUCCCUGCUGUUUGCCUUGGCCUGACCUUCCUUUGCCCCAGGCGCUGUCCUCAGCCACAGGUCCAGAGACAUGCAAGCCAUCAAAUGUGUUGUGGUGGGAGAUGGAGCUGUGGGGAAAACCUGUCUCCUUAUCAGCUAUACCACCAAUGCCUUCCCAGGAGAAUACAUCCCCACUGUGUUCGAUAACUAUUCCGCCAAUGUGAUGGUUGACAGCAAGCCUGUAAAUCUGGGGCUAUGGGAUACUGCUGGACAAGAGGAUUAUGACCGGUUGAGGCCCCUCUCUUACCCACAGACGGAUGUGUUCCUGAUCUGCUUCUCCCUUGUCAGCCCAGCAUCUUAUGAAAACGUCCGUGCUAAGUGGUUCCCCGAGGUGCGGCAUCACUGCCCCAGCACUCCCAUCAUCCUGGUGGGCACAAAGCUAGAUCUUCGUGAUGACAAGGACACCAUUGAGAAGCUGAAGGAAAAGAAGCUAUCCCCCAUUACAUAUCCUCAGGGCCUCGCCCUGGCCAAGGAAAUCGACUCUGUGAAAUACCUCGAGUGCUCGGCAUUGACGCAGCGUGGCCUCAAGACAGUGUUUGAUGAGGCCAUCCGAGCAGUGCUCUGUCCACAGCCCACCCGGCCAAAGAAACGAAUAUGCAGCCUCCUCUAGGAGGAUCCCGGCCCUGUCCAGAUGCCAGGCUCUGCCCGACACACAGGAGAGUGAUGGCUCCAGCAUCCCAGAGCUCAGUACCUUGUGGCAGUCACUGUGCUUUUUACUUCUGCUGUCUUGAAAGACUGUUAUGGGUCUGUAGCACUGGUUUGUCCAUUUGCACAACUUCCCCACACUCACCCCACCCCACCCCACCCCACCCCUUCCUCACAGAUGCCCUAGAUUACAAUAUAGCGACCAAGACCCAAUAAACAGACUGUACAUUCCUGCCA